AUGUUAAAGGCUGGUGGAGAUAUAAUAGCAAAACGACUGCAGAAGCUGUUGAAUCAAAUAUGGAAACAAAAUAAGAGCCCAAAACAAUUUAAACGUGGUAUUAUUGUAAAGUUGCCAAAGAAAGGUGAUUUAUGUGAUUUUGCAGACGAUAUCGUACUUAUAGCUGAUAAUACACAGAAAAUGCAAGAAAAAACAGAUCGUACAGAUACGCAUAGUAAAUCAAUAGGGCUAAAAAUAAAUGCAAAGAAAAUAAAUAUUAUGGUGGUAAAUGGAAACAAGUUUGAAGAUAAUGUAGAGAUUAUGGUUAAUAAUAAUAAAUUGGCAAAGGCGCAGAAGUUUAUGUAUUUGGGCAGCAAAAUAUCUCAAAGCGGUGCCAUCAUGAUAGAGAUAAACAAUAGAAUAGCUAAAGCAGCAUACGCACUGAAAGCACUAAACAAAGUAUGGCAAAAUAAAGGUAUUCCAUUGAAAACAAAGAUGCAACUGUACAGAGCAAAUGUAAUAGCAGUGUAUAGUAUGUGA